AACAAGGGACCCUGGCACACCCGCUCAGAAGCUAGACGUUUUACCAAGUAGGUCACUGGAUAAAGCCCGAACUCGAAUUCACGCAGUGUGAAUUUAGCCACAGACGUGAUUAUUAGAUGGACCACCUUCUUACCAAACUGCAUCCUCCUUAAGUAUACUUAUAAAAGUGGCUCUUAAUAAGCUGAAGUUGUCUCAAAUUAAGCUUCUCAUUCACACUCUUCUUCUACCCAUGACCUCUCUCCCUCUUCUUGAUUCCAACCUUUUGUGCAUCGAAGCUCCUUCACAUUUUUUGUGACUUUUUUCAGUGUUUCUUGUGUGACAUUCAAGUCUCAAAUUACUACUAUAAGCUCUCUGGCCUUUUCUUUUUCUUCUUCUGUUUGGUGGUUCAAUACUUUCUUGUCUUUUAAGUCUUUUUCAUUUUCCUUUUUGUAGUCUUGUGUUUGUUUGUGAUUUCUUGAAACCUCUUGAGAACAAAUUCUUCUGUUGGGUCACUUUCUCUUCCCUUUUUGUUUGAUUCUUAAUUGCAAUUUCACAAAACAAAUAUUUCCAUGGCUAUGGUUACAUUGACAUCACCGUGCAACACCAAUUUUUCGCAAGCCUUGUCCAAAGAAAACAACAACAACAACAAGAACAACAACAUCCUCCGCGACGCCUCAUUUUCUUCCUACUUGAAUGGUGCCGAGGAAUGCUUUGUCCUCAAACUUGCUGAGUCAAACCAAGAGCUCAGAUCCUUUAUCACCUCCCCACAUGAGCACCUUUACUUGGGAAGAAAUAAGGUUUCAGAUGAGGAAAUUGGCGUAUUUAGCGCGGAGAAAUACUUAAAUGGAGGAGUAGACGAAGAAGAUACGAGAAUUGCCAACAGGAGAGCAAUAAAGUACAAGAAGGAUGAUCAGCCGGUCGAUAUAGGCCCCAUAACAACAAAACCACCACCACAAACUCCGAGUGUUCAUUCUGAAUCAAGUUGGAACAGCCGGAAUUCGUUGUUGCUUAGUGUCAAGAGAAAUCCAGCUCCAAGAAAGGGAAAUGGGAGGAGGAGCUUCCUAGCCAGUCUUGGUUGCAGCUGCUCUUGUAGAAACAAGCACUCUGUUGACAUUGAUGAAAGUGGUGGUGAAAGCAAUUCCAAUACAAGUGUGAAAUGUGGGGUAGUUCAGAGCGAAACAAUCCCAAAAGAGCCUAUCAAAACUGCUAUUGAUUCGGUUGAUUUAGCUCGAAUCAAUAAAUCCAACUUGGAUCCAAUUGUGAAGGAGGAGAUGAAAUACGACAAGUUUGAUGAGUUGGGACUCAAAUUUCGGAAAGAAGAAUGCUUUAGCUUUCCGAAUUUGAAUUGCAAGACAGGAAGUCAUGAAAAUGAAGAUGACAAACGGCGGAAGUCAUCAGAGGUGUUUGGCUCCCCUAUCUUGGAAAAGGGAGUGAAACCGUUAGGCCUCUCGAGAAGAUUGUCAAUGUUGUCUUGGGAUGCCACACCAAGAGUGGAAGGAACCGACACUGCAGCAUAUUUUGAUGCAAUGUACAACGAUGUUGAAAGUGAUACGAGUUCGGAUUUAUUCGAGAUAGAGAGCUUCACAAACAAUGCCAACCCCAACCCCAACUCAUGCUUGGCUAGGCAGGCAUCAGAUGGCAUGUCAUGCUGUGUCACCCCCACAACUUGCUAUGCUCCAAGUGAAGCAAGCAUCGAGUGGAGCGUUGUCACUGCCAGCGCGGCAGAUUUCUCAGUGGUGUCCGAUUACGAGGAGCUAAGAACAGCAGCAGCAGCCGCCACGAAAACCCCAAACAGAAUGGCUCCAGCUGCCAAAGCAGCAGUUGCUGCACCAAGCAAAGAGGCACAGAGGCGACGCCCGGGACUGUUGGGCUGCAAGAGUCACAAAGCUGUGAGAAUUGCAGGAGAUGUAUACAGAAGUAACAGAACAAAUGAGGAGGCGGUCCCUGACCUGAGAUGGCGCUACAAGCCGGACUCUUUUGCACCAGUGACAAGGUUUCGAGCUGAGGCUAAGCUGACAAGCUUUUGAUUUAACCAAAUUCAACAUGGUUUUGAGGCUCAUUACUAUUCACUGUAUUCAUCUUUUGUAAAUUCAGUAGCAUAGGUUUGCAUUUACUGUAUGCCAGCUUGCUUUUGUAAUUUGGAGUGAGUAUGAUAGAUGUUUUACUUCAUUUGUAAUAUCAAUAAUUUCCAGAAAAUAAACUCAGUUCCUUCUCAUGUUAAA